AUGACGGAUAAAAUACACAAACGCCAGCGCUUAAGGGUUGCUCUAGAAGGCUUGUUCAGACGACACGUUCCACAACCUCAGCAGGCCGAUGCGGCUAAACCGCUCCAGGUCAUCGAUAGACAAGUUUCUAGCAAUAGUAUCACGACUGUCGGUGCUUCACUAGAAGAGGUAGCCAACGUCGUCACCGAGGAUGAUGCGCCGGCCAGUCCUGUCCUGUCACCCGCGGCCAAGCAUCCGGUCGCUGCGGCGCACUGCGAUGAGGAGGAGCACCUUGAAGCAACGGCCGCGCCUGACAAUUCCCGCUCCGACAUUUGGAGCAAGGCUUUCCAUGAAGCUCUCGAGAACAUGGGUGAUGAGAUGGACGGCGCCAUCCUGGCAGGCAAGAACGCCGAGCGCAUGUUUACUGAGCUGCAGCAGCUGGGCAAGCAGACCGAGAAAACUUCUGCCGCCGUGAAAGGGAUUAAAAUACUGCAUUCCAUCAAACCGUCCCUAGAGAACCUCAAGUUCGUGCUCGAGGUUGCAUCUCCCCUGGGGGCCAUUCAUCCGGCUGCCUCGACCGCGCUAGGUGUCGUGAAAAGCGUCACGGCGAUUGCGGUCCAUCUCGCAGCCGCGGAAGCCGAUUUCGCCAAGCAAAUUGCGGAAAUGCUGGAUCAGAUGCAGUACAUCAAUGCCUGUGACACAUUGGGCCAAAAGAUGGACCAAAAGGGCAUUCAUCGCGCCCUGGUGCUGGUAUACCAGAAACUCCUCGAGUUUUACCAAGCCGCCUACAACAUUGUAACCAAGAAAGGCUUCGCCUUGGUGCUACGGACAAUGAUAGCAUCGGAGCGCCUCCCCCAGAUUGUGAACGAGUUCCUCAAGCAAACCGAGUUUCUGCAAAAGGUCAUCGGUGCAGCGACAGCGCAGAUUUUAAAGGACGUGGAAGACAUGGUCUACGAGCAACAAAUCUCUAUUUGCUUGAAGAGGGAGAACUUGAGCGAUCAGGUUCGAUAUCACAGAGACUUGCGAGAGCUCACAGCCUAUGAUGCCUGCGAAUACCUCGAGACGGACCCGCGUGUCGUUCGAUGGUACACGGACGACAACUGCCAAAGCCUCGCGCUGGUCGGAGACACCGGCUUCGGCAAGACCAUCUGCAUGAACUUUCUCGUCGAGUUCUUCACGCUGCGAAACCAAGGGCAGGUCGUCCGCCCAAAGCUCUGCUACUACUACUGCCGCGACGACAGCACGGGCAACUGCACCAGCAUCCUCCGUGCCCUCGUUCUCUCGCUCCUCCUGCAGCUCGAGGGUCUACAGAAGCCCUUCGUCGAAUGGUACAAGAGCGUCAAGCGGGAGCGCGGGACCCCGGACCCUGCGGCCGAUGUAGAGUGGCUCAUGGACUUCCUCGAGGGCACCGUGGCCUCGCUCGACCGGCCACUGCUGCUCGUGGUGGACGGCCUGGACGAGUGCCCCCGGGAGUCGCGGAACCGGCUGGUCGGGUUCCUCGCCAGGCUGGCCGCCGAUAACAAGCAGCUCAAGUACCUGCUCUCCUCGCGGCCGCAGGAGGAGAUCCUGGCGCUCCUGAGCGGCACGGAGCUGCUCCAUCUCGGGCCGGACCUGAGGCGCGACGCGGCGAUCGUAAGCAGGCUCGUCGAGGUGCACCUACCGCAUCUCUCCGAGGACGUCAAGUGCUUGAUACGGGAGCGGCUGUCGCCGCUGGCGCAGGGAAGUGCCAUCUGGAUCCAAAUGACCAUUACCACGAUCAACGCCAGCGGUAUCAGGGCCGAGGCUCGGAUGAGGGAGUUUUUAAAGGAUCUGCCGCUGCCGUCCGAGCUAUCCACGCUCUACAGGCGCAUACUCGAUCGCCAUACCGCAGACAACCAAGAGAGUAGGGCUCUCGCCCGUCUCGCGUUGAGGUUUUUGGCGGCCACACGCCGCAAUCUCAGCAUAAGUGAGCUCACCUGUGCCGUGACCGUGGGAAUCACCGCCGAGUCUGCCACGACAGUGUCCGACGUUGAGAAGUUCAUGGACUGUCAGCGGGUCAUGGGUAUCAUCCAGCCCUUUGUCAGCCAGGUGGACUUUCAAGAUCUGAAGAAGCGUCAGGUACGGCUGGUGCACCAGUCAGUAAAGGAGUUUAUCGUUGCAGACAGCCAAAUAAACGUGUCCGGCGCAACGCAGCCGAGGCUGGACAUCGUUGGCCGGCGCAUCGACGAAUUGGAGCGGCCCAUCCUGGAUCUCUGCAUCCGGUACUUGCUCCUCGAUGACAUUGCUGCCCAGCCCUUGUUUUCACAAAGGCAAGUCGCCGUCAUAGAGCUUCCCCAGGAGGCAGACCUCUUCAGCGAUGACGAGUGCCGGCAAAGCUUCACCCUAGACUGCACCUGGGACACGUGGGAGGAAGACAUGAAUCGCUAUGAUCCGACGGAGCGAGGCUUUGGGGAGUUCUUUGUCUACGCGGCGUCCUUUUGGAUCGAGCACUUGGCCCACGUUACGCAGGAGCCGCUCCCGGCGGUGGCCGAUCUCGAGAGGCUGUGUCGUGCCGGGUCGCUUCGACUCGACAACUGGACUCAGCAAAGCUGUCGUCCCGGAUGCGCCAUCGUGGCCAGGUACGAAUUUGACGCCGAGCUAUACGAUCCGUUAGCCAUCGCGUCACUCUACGGCUCCGAUGCUAUCCUCCACCACUUGCUCAGGAACGCAGACUUCAGCACCGACAGCUACCUUCCCGACUCGCCGCUUGCCGCAGCUGAUCAGGUCCUGCAAUGGGGAAGCCUGUCAAGAUUGCCGAUCCUGUUUGCGCACGAGGACUUCAAUGACCAGAUGCACGCGCUCGACUUCUUCCGAUUGGUGAUGCGGCAGUGGAAUCUCGUGGAGGCGCGUCACCAUGACUGGGAUCAGGCGUUCGACCUCGUCGACGAGGCAUCCGACGCGAUGGUGGCAGGCCGCUGGGGCAACGAGCUCCUCUGCAUCGCGGCGAAGAGGGGUUGCAUGCCUAUCUUGCAGCGGCUGAUGGAGGCGGCCCGGCGCGACGCGAAGCUCCGCGACGAGCUGUGGCGCGCGCCGUGCCGCGGGGCAACGAGCGCGGACCUGCGAGGUGCGCACCAGUCGGUCGGCGCGGCCGUCCUGGCGGGACACGCCGAGGUCGUCGAGUACCUGCUGCAGCAGGACGGCGUUGAGGCGCAUGUCAGACACGUCAACGAACGAGGCGAGUCGGUGCUACAGCUCGCGCAGAAAUCGGGGAACGCGGUCGUGAAGGGGUUGAUUGUCGGCUAUCUCGAGAAACAUGCGGUUCGCCUAGCCUCAGCCGGGGAUGAUGCAUCGGCGCUGGCGGCAAAUGACCCGAAGGGACUCCUGAAGCUCGAGGCGUUUUCUGUAUACAGCGUGUUCUAG